AUGGUUCGUCGCGCUCCUCACAGGCGCAAAGCAAAGGCAAAGGAAAGGACUCGACCUCCACUGCUUCCAAACCGUCAGCUCACAAACAUGCCACCCUUCAAGGAUGAGCAUAUUCUGCUCAUUGCGCCAGGUUCGCAAAUGACCCUGGCGCAGCUGGGUCUCCCAGAAUCGUUUACCCCCGCGCGAUUCCGUUUCCCAACGCGUAUGUUCCCCGCUGAGAAGAAGGGGGAAUUCGAACCAUACAAAGUCCGUCAGCGCCAGCGGGAGUUCAAGGUCAACAAUGUCACCAAUGGAUCUACAGAGGCUCCGAAGGAAGCACCGAAAGAGACUCCGAAAGAGGACGUGGAGAUGAAGGACGGCGCUGAGACCGCUGCUCCUCAGAAUGGCGACGCCAAUGGGAACUCUGCCGAGAAGACCGACAAGCCUGAGGGAGAAACCGCGACAGAGGGUGAAGAGAAGACUGUUCAAGAGUUCUAUUAUGAAGAGGAUGUGACAUCGGAAGAGGGAGCUGUGUACCCAAUUGAGAAUGGCCGCAUUGUCGACUGGCCAUGUUUCUUCGCCUUAUUGACACAUAUCUACAACUCUCUCAGUCCUCCAUUCCAUACUCCUAUCCUCUUGGUUGCUCAGCCUGUCUGGUCAGCUCGCGACCGGGAGACCAUUACUCAGUUCAUUUUUGAGAAGUUCAAGGUCCCCGGCUUCAGCAUGAUGGAUGCUGCUCUGGCCGCAGCCUACGGGUUUGGUGUGCAGACUGCCACCGUCGUUGAUGUGGGCAAGGGUAAGGUGGAUGUCACUGCGAUCACAGAUUACGCAGUCAACGAACACGGCAGAGGUAUUGCGCUGGAAGGAUGUGGCGGUGAUGCCAUGACCGAUCGAUUGGUUGAGUUGCUCGGCUCUAAGGGAUUCUCCCGAGAGAUGUGCGAGCAGCUCAAGCGAAGCAAUAUUGCUGAGAUUCUGCCUCCCGGAACUACAGUACCCGGCACAGCAGCCACCGCACGUCAAGGUGUUGACCCCGCAGCUGGAGCUGAAGGAGACAAGGCUGCUCCUGGUGGCCCUGGUGCUGGGGCGCAGACUGGCGGAGAUACCAACGGAGAAGAAGAGGAAGGUGUUUUGGAUGUUGCGGCCAUUGUCAGUGGAGACACGAAUGAGUACCUGGCCAACAUGGAGAAAGAGAAGGGUAAUAAGAAGGGUGGAGUUGAUCCCAAACAGCCUCGUCUUCCCAACAGCAAGAAGGAGAAGGCAUCAUUUCAGUUUGAGGAGUUCGUAAGAAUGGAGGGCGAAAAUACUACUGGCGGCCCUCAGCGAUACACUCGUCAUUCUCGCGAAAUUGAAGUUGGUGUAGAGCGUUUCUUUCUGGCUACACCUCGACAGAAGGUUGGCGACCGUUUAACAAAUGGUAUUCUGGAAGAUAUCGCCACCCAGAUUCAUCACACCAUUCUGGCUGUUCCAGAUGCUACAAAGCGUAGUGAAUUGUGGGACUCACUUAUCAUUGUGGGUUGCGGUAGUCGAGUUCGAGGCUUCAUCCAGUCUCUGCUUGGCGUCAUCACACAAAAGUUCAUCCUUUCUCCAUCUGCCACCAUCUUCACUUCUGAAAUCCCUUCCGCUUUCACUACUCCUCUCCCUACCGGUGGAACGAAUACACCCGCCCCCAUGAGCCAGCCACCUGGACCUAUGUAUCACCCCGCCGCCCAUGGUGUGAACCCUCUCUUAGUGGCCGCCACUCACAACAACCCCGGUAUGCCAAUUGCACCGGGUACUCCUGGCAUGGACCCUAGUUUCCCCACCCACCACCGUUCCACCGGCCACUCUCAAACCCCAACAUCCGUCAAGACCUUAAGGCUACCGGAAUAUUUCCCAGAUUUCAAAGAUCAAGGUAAUACCAAUGCCCCAGGCACGACUACAGGCCACACCGCUGCUACAAGCGGUCAUGGAUCCGAAGAAGGAGCCUUCCUAGGAGCCCAAAUGGGCGCUAAGGUCUUCUUCGUCCUGGACCAGGGUAUUACCAAGGGCUACAUGAGUCGUGUCGAAUACAACGAGAGCGGACCUUCAGCAAUCCACGAGUACAGUCUGUAA